AUGAGAAGGCUAAACGGUCUGACCCACACACCAGAAUUUGACCCACUCCACCCCACCACCACCACCACCACCCUAAAAAGGCCCACCGCCAUCACCGUUGCCACCAACAAAAGGUCACCGAAAGACGAAGUCGCUGCCACCGCCGCCAACCCAAUGAGAUACCGCUGGGUACGAGUUAUGCGGGGGAGAUUUGAGACCCUUAAUCCAAAGAGUAGUGGUGGCUCGGUACCUUUGACAUGGCAGAGGAGGCGGCGAGGGAUGCGUGGAGUCAAGGUGAGAACCAACUACGUUUACCCAUCUUUACCUCCUCACUCAGUCACCAACAAUCUCAUCCCUCCGUUUCACUACAAGAAAUCAUCUCAGUCCUCUAUGAGAGACACACCCAAUCAAAGCUUUGCUCCUUUUCCUUCUCCUCAUGUCGGUGAGUUCUCUGGUUCUUCUCUCAACAUGCUUCUCUUGCCUCAGACUAUGUCUCUUUACCAUCAAAUUCCAUAUAUCAAUCACUCUAGUUCUUAA